AUGGAUGGAGAUAUCAUCAUUGCUGGGUUUUUCCCUCUAUACACAUUGGGAACAGGUAGCAGUAAUAGUGAUGCUUCCGUACAUGAAGAGAACAAUCUGUUUUCCUUCAAAAACUACCAGUUUGUUUUGUCCUUGGCUUUUGCUAUUGAAGAGAUCAACAAAAACCCUAAUCUUUUACAUAAUUUGACUCUGGGAUUUAAUAUCUAUGAUUUUCUAUAUGGAACAUGGACAGCAUUUAUAAAUCCCUUUACUUGCCUCUUUGGGAACUACAAGAUUCCGAACUAUAACUGUAUGAGAGACAAUCAGCCUAUAGCAGUACUUACAGGAACUUCAGGAGCAAUAUCUUCCCAGAUUGGGACACUGUUGGGCCUCUACAGGUUUCCACAGCUUACCUCUGGGCCUUUUGAUCAUGUUCUGAGUGACAAUAACAUGUUUCCUGGUCUUUAUCAGAUGGCCCCAAGAGACACAUCAAUAGCCAGUGCCAUGGUCUUAUUAUUACUUCACUUCAGCUGGAAUUGGGUGGGACUGAUAACUUUACAAGAUGAGAAUGGUUUAUGGAUUCUUCCUGCAUUGAAAGAAGAGAUGACCAAGAACAGAGUUUGUGUAGCUGUUGAGCUAACAUUCCCAAAUUAUGCCAUCUCGAAUAUUUUCAAAAUCAUGGCACAUUAUAACCAGAUAAAUAAAUCUUCAGCAAAUGUAGUCAUCAUAUAUGCUGAUAAUGAAUUCAUGCAUUAUUUAAUGAUGUGUAUUGAACAAAUAUUAAUAAAAGGAAAAGUUUUUAUCAUGAACACUCAAUGGGAUUCAACCCUGAGAAAAAGAUAUUUCAUUCCAGGUUCAUUCCAUGUACCUCUCAUUUUUUCACACCAUCGCCCAGAUGUUUCUGGAUUCACAGAUUUUCUCAAAUCAGUUAACCCUUCUAAAUACCCAAAAGACUUUUUUCUUGCUCGGCUGUGGUUUCUCUCUUUUAAUUGCUCAGGUUCUGAGUCUGACAUUGUAAAGUGGGAGAACUGUCCUCAUGAUGCCUCCUUGGACUGGUUGCCUAAACACACAUUUGACAAGACAAUGUCUAGGGACAGUUACACUAUCUACAAUGCUGUGUAUGCUGUGGCCCAGGCUCUCCAUGAGAUGCUGCUUCACCAAACAGAAACACAAACAAUGAGAAAUAGAAAAGUGAUGGUGCUUUCCCCUGCACAGCUACAUUCUUUUCUGAAGAAUAUCCAGUUUCACAAUCCUGCUGGAGAUCAAGUGAUUCUUCAUGAGAAAAAGAAAUUGGUGGCAGAGUAUGAUAUUGUGAACAUUUGGAAUUUUCCAGAAGGUCUUCAUUUUGAGAUGAAACCUCCUCACUCUGUCUGCAGUGAAAGUUGUGGUCCAGGAUUCAGGAAAUCCCCUCAAGAGGAAAAGGCUGCCUGUUGCUAUGAUUGUAUCCCUUGCUCAGAGAACGAGAUGGCUAAUGGAACAGAUAUGGAACAAUGUGUGAAAUGCCCUGGUUAUCAAUAUGCCAACACAGAGAGAAACCAGUGUCUUCAAAGAGCUGCAAGUUUCCUGGCUUAUGGAGAGCCCUUAGGGAUGGCCUUGGCCUGCAUGGCUCUUUGUUUAUCUACACUCACAGCAUUUGUUCUUGGAGUCUUUGUGAAACAUCGGAACACCCCCAUUGUCAAGGCUAAUAACCAGGCUCUCAGCUACAUCCUGCUCAUCUCCCUCAUUUUCUGUUUUCUCUGUUCUUUGUUCUUUAUCGGCUGCCCCAACACAGUCACCUGCAUUCUACAGCAAACCAUAUUUGGAGUUGCAUUCACGGUAGCUGUUUCUGCUGCCUUGGCCAAAACUGUAACUGUGGUUCUAGCUUUCAAGGUCACAUCUCCAGGGAGAAGGUUGAGGUGGUUGCUGCUAUCAGGGGCUCCUAACUUCAUCAUUCCCAUCUGCACUUUGAUCCAGGGCUCCCUUACUGCUUUCUAUUCUGUCUUGGGAUACUUGGUUCUCCUGGCCCUAGCCAGCUUCAUUGUGGCUUUCCUGGCCAGGAACCUGCCUGACUCCUUCAAUGAAGCAAAGUUCCUAACCUUCAGCAUGCUGGUGUUCUGCAGUGUCUGGCUCACUUUUGUGCCUGUCUACCAUAGUGCCAAGGGGAAAGUCAUGGCAGCUACAGAGGUCUUUUCCAUAUUGGCUUCCAGUGCAGGGCUCCUGGGCUGCAUCUUUGUCCCCAAGUGCUACAUCAUCUUGUUAAGGCCAGAAAGAAAUUUUCUGCAUGGCUUCCGGGAUAUAACACACCAUGAGAAAUAA